AUGAGACGACCUAAGCGUUCAACUCCUCACACUACCCCACGCCUGCGAUGGAUGGAAUCCGCAUCUCCAGGCGUUCCGACUCCAAUGGACUUAGUGAUGUCCUGGCUGGAGCGUAAUGGGGAGGCAUUCCGCACGUCCAAGCGCAAAAUCGAUCUGUUAGAGCAGCUGGGAGAAGAGAUGGCGACGAACGGAAUCUACGGAUUGACGAUUAGCUCUAUCCGUUCGCAAAUUUAUCGUCUGAAGAGCGGUGUGCGAAAGAGAGCAGAAGGCAAUAAAUGCAGCUCGGCUGAAGCCAAUCACUACUUCGAUCGCCUUUUGCCACUAAUGUUUACUGAGGAGGAGAGGGCGAACAUGCGCGAUCACAAGAGUGAUGCUGAGGAUCAAGAUCCCGAAGCGCGACAGCGUCCAGGUGCCAUUUUGAAGCCAAUUUGCCCGGUUCUGGACACGACGGAGAUCCGCCGCCGCUUUGAGCUGCUUUCUGCCCGCCAAGGGUUAAAGCAACAAGGGGUUGAUCCAGAGACCAUUGACUCGCUCCUCCCGCUGCACUUGGAGUAG